AUGUUUAUCCAGGUCCUUGCCGUACUGGGCUCUCUCACCGGGUUCAUAACCAUCACGCUCUCCGUGGCCGCAGGGCUCUACUACUUCUCCGAAAUCAUCGAGGAGAACCUCCAGCUCACAAAACGGUUCCUCUCGAGGUCAAUUCUCGUUGUCUCCGCCAUCCUCAUCCUCUUGUACCUCUUCGACGGAUUUCCGUUCAAGUUGACGCUCUUCACCCUUUUCUCCAACUACGUCUACAACCUGAACCUGAGGAAGUUCCCUAACAUCCAGCUCACAAACCCCGUUUUCGUCGUGUCCUGUCUGCUCGCCUUCGUCAACCACUACCUCUGGUUUAACUACUUCAACAACCCCUACAUACCCUCCAUCGACGAGAGACUCAGUGCCGGCUUCGUCCCUCCUUAUUACCCCUCAUUCACCGAGAUUGCAUCCUUUUUCGGCAUCUGUAUAUGGAUGUUCCCCUUUGCCUUGUUCAUCUCGAUAUCCUCAAACGAAAACGGUUUGCCAUUGUCGAACUCGGACCUUGCCACUGACUCCUCUUCCUUGGAGAACAACAAAAACGUCCAAAAAUCAGUCAACUUGGUGAGGUCUCUCAUCAAAAAGUCCUUGGCCUUUUUGUCCAACCUCUUCAACGCUCUGGGUAUCAAUUUGAAGUUCGCAAAGUCUGACUCAAGCAACCCCAACGAACUCUACAUCUGA